AACAAGUUGGUUAUCUCUUAUCUGUCAUUAUCUGACUCAUUUGAUUUGAUUGAGGUCAUUCGUCAUUAUAAAACUAAUACGAAGAUUUUUGUUACCUGGUCUUAUAACGCCGUUUUAUUGUAUAUCUUUUUUGCUUUUGUUGAAAUAAGAAGUAGAGACAACUAGUGAUGAGUCUACAGUGGACAUUGAUCGCCGGAUUUCUCUAUGCAGAAAUAGUAGUAGUUCUUUUUUUGGUUUUGCCGAUAGCGAGUCCAAAAAAAUGGAAUUCCCUCUUCAAAUCAAGAUUUCUCCAAGGUCUCAAACGUCAAGCUGGUAUUUAUUUUGUGGUACUUCUCGCAAUUUUAGUCUUAUUCUGUUUGGACGCUAUAAGAGAAAUGAGAAAAUACUCAAAUCCCCAAGGAGACAGGGAUGGACACGCACAUUUGGACUUGGAAAUGCAAGAAAGUAUGAGACUAUUUAGGGCACAAAGAAACUUCUAUAUUUCUGGAUUCGCCCUAUUUUUAUCACUUGUUAUCCGAAGAUUGGUAAUGUUGAUUUCUUCUCAAGCUGCACUUUUGGCACAAUCGGAAGCUUCUAUGAAACAAGCUCAAAGUGCUUCAGCAGCAGCUAAAAGUUACCUUAAGCAACAAGGUGAUAUUAAGGAAAACUUGAGCAAUGAAGCCCAUGAUAAAGAAAUUAAUGAAAUGAGAGCAGAAAUUUCAGCUUUGAAGGAAAAAUUGAAACUUGCGGAAAAGGAUAAAUCUGCUGUUAAAACCCAAGCAGAUAACUUGGCAAAGGAAUAUGACCGUUUGGCUGAAGAACAUAGUAAGCUUCAGAAGAAAAUCACCAUCAGUUCUGAGGAUAAGAAAAGUGAAUAAUUUUAAUGGUAUUUCUUUUUUUACAUAUUAUUGUUAUUAGAUUAGCUAAUUUAUUAAUGUGUUGUUCUACCAUUUGAACAUAGAUUGUUGUGCCUUGGAAUAUAGCUAUGGAUGUAACUUGGUUUGGAUUUUUGUUGCAAUAAAAUUUUUAAAUUAAA